CGUGAAUCAUUAGUUAUUUUGUGACCGUACAGUUAAGUUGUGCGAACACUCGGCCUCGAAUUCGGGCUCACGGGUGGACAUUCUCCGAAAAUGUGGUCGACUUGGUUGCUUCCGUUGACCCUGCUUAGCAGUGGCAGAAUUCCGGUAGAGAAGGUCGAACUUCAGCAGAACAGUGCAAACGGGACCCGCGAGCUGCGAGACGUGGACAUCAGCAUCGAGGAAAUUCUGCUGUUGAACCGACAUUUUGUGGACUACUUAGUGGCGGUAGAUGACCAGACUAUUCAGGGAAGCAGCGAUCGACAGUGUGCGAUCGCCUUACGGCAAUUGGCAGCAGCCUAUUUGGAACGCCAGCAGGUCGGACUGGAAUGGUUCGAUUCCUGGGGAAAGAUACCAUCGGGAAUGUACCACGAAAAUGGCAACGCACUGGGGAACGUUGAUCAGUGUAGAGGGAUUCAGCAAACUCGCAUGCAACACUGCACAUUUAUUGGAGCAUUUCCAAGCAGUAUGGCGCCCUUGUUUUCUGGGCUGUGCAUCCCCCAUUCUUGUAGUCCGAACUUCGUUCAGCAGCUGUACGGAGAUUACUUGAACAGCCAAGGCGGAAUGGUGAUACCGAUGUUUGAACAGGAGCUACUGUGCAUUAGGGACGAAGAAGUCCGAUACAAUGGAGCGAUGAUCACUGCAAUUGUCUUCAGCUCCAUCAUAGGCCUUUGUGUUCUGAGCAGCACUUUAUACGAGUUCGUUGUUCUGGGAAUGAAGCAUGAUGUGAAUCCGCUGUACAGCUCCUUCUCAUUGCUAGGAAACGUACGAAGUAUUCUACAUCUUGUACCACGCGUCAAAAGUUCUCAGCAGAAGUCCAGCAUGAUCGAGUGUGCCCACGGUAUCCGAUCUUUGUCCAUGAUUUGGAUCAUAGUGCUUCACGUUCAUGAUAUGUCAAACACCAUACCAUGGGAGAACAACCCGGAGCGCGUACAGUAUCUUCGAGGUUUCUGGGCUUCAUUACUCCACUACAGCGGUAUGUUAGCCGUGGACACUUUUCUAGUACUCAGCGGAAUGUUGGUGGCGAUGAGCAUGCUGAGGGAGCUAGACAAAAAGGGCAAGAUCAAUCCGUUGAUGCUGUAUUUGCAUCGAUACAUCCGUAUUACAGCACCGUUAGCUGCCCUUAUAUUGUUCGUAGUUUCUUUUGCGGUUUAUAUGGGAGAAGGCGUUUUCUGGAAGGUGAAUUUUGAUUUCCUGAAGUCAGGCUGCUUAGAAAACUGGUGGGCUGCACUUCUACACAUUCAGAACUACGUCGAUCCGCAGAAUAUGUGUUUGCCGUGGACGUGGUAUCUCUCCGUCGAUAUGCAGCUGUACAUCAUCGCUCCGGCGCUGAUCUACCCACUGUGGCGAUACGGAAAGCGGGUUCUCAUCGUCAUCGCAGCGCUUGCCGUUCUUUCGAUGGCUUGUGUUUUGACCACUUUUCUGAUCAACGAAUUUCGGCUGAGUUUCUUCGCACCCGUUAUCGAUAUCCGAAGGUACACGCUAACCUACUACGCCACACAUGCGCGUAUGGCCGUUUGGCUAUGGGGCCUUGGCUUCGGCUAUAUUCUUCACAGAACGAGAGAAACUGGAGUAAAUCUUCCCAAGCGCUACUGGAUUGCGGGUUGGGUCGCUUGUUUCACGUUGCUUGGAUUGAUCAUCUUUUCCAAUUACCAAUUCCAUACCACGAAUGUCGAUGACUUUUCGCACGUGAUAGAUGCCUUUUACGAACCCUUAUCCCGGUCGGUUUUCAGCCUAUGCGUGAUGUGGAUAAUCCUGGCAUGUGUGAAUGGCAAAGGGGGUCUGCUGGAUGAUUUUCUGGGAGCUUCCAUAUGGCAACCACUGUCGCGACUAUCGUUCACAAUGUACCUGCUGCAUAUUUUGCUAUUGGUGAUGGCGUCGGUGGCACCAGCUAAAACGAGUGCGUAUUUCAGUGUAAUCGAUACGUUCUAUCGGAUAUGGGGGGCCAUUGGACUGACGACCAGCGUGACACUACUGUGGAGUGCCAUUUUUGAAGUUCCGUUUGGGACACUAGAUCGGUUGCUGUUGCGAAGCUAAGUGUUAGCAAAUGAUCAAAUACACUAAGGUCUUUUUUUACAUGGUCCCCCGUGCCGUGCGAAAAAAUUCCGCGCAAAAAUAAUCCGUGCUAAUUCCGGAAUCUGUGUAAAAAAACAACCGUGUUAAUUCUGGAAUCCGUAGAAAAUGUACCGUGUUAAUUCUGAAAUCCGUGUAUAUGAGAAAAAAACCGUGUGAAUUCCGAAAUCCGUGUAAAUAAGUAAAAAAACCGUGUUAAUUCCAAAUUCCGUGCUAAAAAAGUACCGUGUAAAUUCCGAAAGGUGUGU